AUGGUUGGCGGUAAAAGAUCGAGAAACUUCGAUGAGGAUGACGGAUACCGGGAUUUCCGGCCAAGGAUGCCCAAGAGACAGAGAAUUCCACCUGUCGUACAAUUAUGUAAGGAAAUGAUGCCAGACAUCAGAACCUUGGGUGAAAGUAUCAAGGCUUUCGAAGAGGACAUCAAGUUUUUAAGCGAAGCUAUCGCGAAUGAAUUUGGCAACGAGGAGUAUUUUCAAGAUGCACUUUACAAGACGAUCAGUGCCGUGAUAGUGGAGCAACCCCACAAACAACCUGCAAUUGCGCUUUUGACAAUGGUCGUCAACGCUGCCAACCCUGUUGCUGGUAAAAGCAUUCUAAAUUACGUCUUUGAAAGAAUGCAGGAAUGGUGCAGCAAUUCCAUUGACGGCGACUUGGAGGUUACAUCGAGCGAAACGGGACCAUGGAACAAAAUCAAGCUUCUAUUGAGGUUUUUGUCCUUGCUGUCACCAAUGGUGCAAGAAGAUGAGCUCAUUUUGCUGUAUCAAAGAUUGUUCGAGCUGAGUGUCAGUUUGAACAAUCUCAAUCCAGACAAGAGAAAUCCACUAUCUGAGGCCAUAUAUUGCAACACGCUUCUGAAUAUACCAUAUCUGUUUUAUUUUUCCAGAAGCAACGACAGCCUCAGAGAGAAGGUGGCAGCACUGAUCGCAAACGUGGAAAGCUCUUACACCGUGAAAAACACGAAUCUGUCCUUGAUUAAGGAAUACAACACCAAUAGCCCUUAUGAACCUGUGCAAUGGGUUUCUGCAGUUCUGCCAAACGUGAAAAGGGUGCUUGCAAAUGAUAUGCAACAACUAUUCGAACUAUUCCCGGAUUACAGUACAAUGAUGAAGCCACAGCCAGGAAACCAGGGAUUCAACGAUCCAUUGAACUUGCCCUCCGCAGAGCAGCUAGAGCCCUUCAGUGGUCUCGAUAGAGGUAUGGGGUCCAUUGAUGGUAUGUGGAAAGUGCCUCGCUAUUCGUUUAGGGUCUAUUUGCCAAACCAAGUAGGCGAGUUCGAGACUGUUGUCCCAUUUACCACUUACGCGGGUAUGUUAUUUGAAGACAUUAUCAUCGACAUUGUGGAAAGCAUGGAAUUUAAUCGUAAGGAAGUUGCCAAACAAGUUGUCACUUUGGACCUGUUUUUCAAGCCUGGUAUUUUUACGGAGCCAGGACAAUCGAUAGCUCAACUAAUAGCUCUACAUGAAGAGAAUCCGAUCAUCACGACUUACAAAAUUGAAGAUCUUGCCAUUGAAAAGAUUCUCAGCAUGAUUUUCAAGCUUCCUACCGUUUCCCAUCCCUUUGCUUAUUUUUACACACUUUUGGUAGAAAUUUGCCAAAACUCGCCAAAAGCGAUUGCUCCUGUUUUUGGAAGGGCGUUCCGUUACUUUUUCAACAGCUUAGACGGGCUAGAUCUAGAAUUGAAGCUGAGAUACCUUGAUUGGUUUUCCAUACAAAUGAGCAACUUCAACUUUUCGUGGAAAUGGAAUGAAUGGGAGGAAGAAUCCGCCAGGUUCCACAAUACUUUUUACAGCCCAAAAGUGACCUUCAUGAGAAAUUUAAUCAGAAAAGAGUUGAGAUUGACUUCCAGCAAGGCUGAUGUUGAAGAAAGUCUCACUGAUGAGUUCAAGCCUUAUUUGGACAGCUCGUUCGUGCCAAAGAAUGACUUGGUGAAUUACUAUCAAUCGUUUUUCAAGGAUUUCCAAGUGGAUCCUAACCUGUUGAAAGAUAACUCAAUGUAUUUCACCCAGGCAUGUUUUCCAUUCAGUGAGCUAGUCCAGGAGGUGAUAAACUAUUUCCAUAAGCAACCGUUAGACAGAAACGUUUCUGAACUGAUCGCAAUAUUCGAGGAAAUACAAAAAAACCAUGGCAAUAUCAUCGCUGACUUCAACAGAUUUGUCGUUACUACGUUAUUGCAAGCAUUGACAUUCUCCGGUAACAGAUCACUUUCGCAUGCUAACAAAUAUAUUGGUGAUUCUCAGAACGACUUGUUAGAAAUUUUCAAGAAAAUUGAACUAGAUCAAGAGUCGAAGGAAAGGUGGAUCAUUGAGGCCAUCCUUCGGUACUGGAAUAGCAAUUCUCAAACCGGGUAUUUGAUUGUGGAUACCUGUAAGAAUUUCGAGCUCUUAUCGGCCAAAAGCAUUCUCAACUUCUCGUUUUUGGAGGACGCGGGAAGGAAUUGGGGUCUUGUGGAUGCAACGUCCAUCGAGUCCACAUUCAGAACUCUCACAGAGCUGUCUCUACGCCGUGAUGCCAGCGUAGAGACCUUUGUGUAUCUUUUCGAAAGACUGAGCGAAAUCGCUUCUGACACCGUCAAAGAGCUUGGAACUGCUUCCGAUGCUGCUGUGAGUGUGUCCCAAGAUUCUGGAGAUAUAACAAAACUUGAGCUCGCUUGGAAGUACGAGAACUGUCUAGGAUUCAUGAAGAGCAUACUGAGAAAGUACGCUGAUGAGUACGCCACCAGUAUCGAUCAGCUCAAUGCUAUCUUGAGUGAAAAGGUCUCUCAUGAGAAAACUAAAGAGAUCAUCGCAAACUGGUUUAAUGAGCUACAGCAGCUGUGA